AGGCAGGAGAGGGAGGCUCCGUGAGCCGUCGUCGUCCGUCCGUGUGUAGCUGCCGUCUUGCUUUUUUGCCGAUAUUACAUCAUAUAUUUAUAUACAUUCAUCCCCGACAUGUUUCCACAGAGGAUACUCUCAUGAGCCGUUUAAUUGCCAUCGAUAUUUGGUAUUUGUUUUUUACCUGCAAGUCUUUUAGACGACGGAAUCAUGGCAAGUACAUCGGCGUCUGAUAUUGGUACGUUUUUCCGUUUGUAAACAGUAGUGUGUGAUGCUUUACGUGUAACACAACUCGUAAUUGCUUCUUUUCUCGUGUGCGCUUUGUCGUGUUUGUUGUCAUUGGUUGUAAUCGAGCAAUACAUUAACGCGAAGCACAACUGUAAAUCUUGGGUUUUCAAUUAUGGUUGUUUUGUAAUGUACAAACAUUCGACUGUUAUUUAAUUACCCGAUUAUCUAAAAAGCAAUCGUGCAAGGUGACUCUCGCACAUGUCGAAUCGCGACGCACGCAAUAUUAAUCGUACAAGAGCAAUUUCACGCGCAGAGAGACAGCUGAAGUUUAAUACGAAGCUGUGAGUAGUGAACGCCUAGCGCGAGCAAUUAAACGACCGUAUUUAUUUACCUGUCGUACGCACACGUACACACACGCACACACACACGUUGGCUUUAUCAAGCAUCCCUGAAGGAGCAUCUCUACUCGCACACCGUUCCCAAAAGAGCCUGCACGACGCAGUGGAAGGAUGGCACUCUCACUUAUUCUGCCGUUUCUCCUUGGGUCUUUCUCACUCACCAUGGCCUCACGUAAUAUAACUGCAGGUUGUGCUAUUAUUCGACCACCUAGAGAUGGAGGGAUCAGAUACAGAGGUCUGACCCAGGAACAGAUUCGCAGUGUCCAGGUGUUGCCGGUGGAUUAUGAAAUCGAGUACAUCUGCAGAGGAAGCAGAGUGAUUGUGGGACCAAAGGUCAGAAAGUGUUUACCUGACGGCACCUGGACCGACCUGAACCAGCGCAGCAAAUGCUUGCUGCCUUGUCCGCGUGUAUGGUCGUCUCUGGAGAAUGGCCGCGUGACAGUUCAUCCUCCAGGACCAGCAGUAGAGGGCACUAUACUUCAUUACAGCUGUCUGGAGGGUUUCAUACUGGUUGGCAGAAACAGCACACAGUGCAAUAAACUGGGCAAAUGGGACUCACCCAAACCGGUCUGCCACUAUGACAGACAUUAUACAGGCAAAAAGAAACUCUACAUCGGAGCCCUGUUCCCUAUGAGUGGCGGAUGGCCAGGUGGUCAAGCAUGUCUCCCUGCUGCCCAAAUGGCCCUGGAUCUGGUGAACAAGAGAACGGAUAUUCUUCCGGAUUAUGAGCUCGAAUUAAUCCACUAUGACAGUAUGUGUGAUCCUGGGGAGGCCACAAAGCUGCUGUAUGACCUGCUGUACACGGAGCCCAUAAAGAUCGUUCUGAUGCCCGGCUGCAGCUCUGUGUCCACACUGGUGGCCGAAGCCGCUCGCAUGUGGAACCUCAUAGUGUUGUCGUAUGGAUCCAGUUCUCCGGCUCUCUCCAACCGUCAGCGUUUUCCCACCUUCUUCCGCACACACCCCUCAGCCACACUGCACAACCCCACCCGCGUGCAGCUCUUCCAGAAGUGGAAGUGGACCAAGAUCGCCACCAUCCAGCAGACCACCGAGGUCUUCACAUCUACUCUGGAUGAUCUAGAGCAGAGGGUGAAGGAAGCAGGCAUUGAGAUCAGCGUGAGGCAAAGUUUCCUCACGGAUCCUGCUGUGGCCGUCAAGAAUCUCAAGAGGCAAGAUGCUCGCAUCAUUGUGGGGCUGUUUUACGAAACGGAAGCCAGGAAAGUGUUUUGUGAGGUCUAUAAGGAGAAGCUGUAUGGGAAAAAGUAUGUGUGGUUUCUGAUUGGCUGGUACGCUGACAACUGGUUCAAGAUCAAAGACCCAUCCAUCAACUGCACUGUCGAGCAGAUGACAGAAGCUGUGGAGGGACAUGUGACCACUGAGAUUGUCAUGCUCAACCCAGAGACAGUGAGAGGGGCCUCCAACCUGACCUCACAGGAGUUUCUAGCGCAGCUGAUGUCCAAGCUGGGCGGGAAGAAUCCAGAGGAGACCGGAGGAUUUCAGGAAGCUCCCCUGGCGUAUGAUGCAGUAUGGGCCCUGGCUCUGGCACUCAAUAAGACAGUGGGGCCCUUGAAGGCAAAGGGCCGCAGAUUGGAAGACUUUAAUUAUAAUAACAAGGACAUCACGGCGGAGAUCUACCGAGCCCUGAACACAAGCUCAUUCGAGGGUGUUUCGGGUCAUGUGGUGUUUGACGCCCAGGGCUCAAGGAUGGCUUGGACCCUCAUUGAACAACUGCAAGGAGGAAGUUACAAGAAGAUUGGAUACUACGAUAUGACCAAAGGCAAUCUCUCUUGGUAUGGGAAUGACAGGUGGAUAGGUUCUGGCCCACCCGCUGAUCAGACAGUGGUGAUUCAGAAGUUCAGAUAUCUGUCACAGAAACUCUUCGUCUCUGUGUCUGUUUUCGCUGGCUUGGGCAUUUUAAUGGGGAUUGUUUGCCUCACCUUUAACAUCUACAACAGCAAUGUCAGGUACAUUCAAAACUCGCAGCCCUACCUGAACAACAUGACCGCAGUGGGCUGCAUGAUGGCUCUAGCUGCUGUAUUUCCUCUGGGAAUUGAUGGGCUGCAUGUACGGAACUCUCAGUUUCCUGUGGUCUGUCAGUUUCGUUUGUGGCUGCUUGGACUAGGUUUUAGUUUGGCCUAUGGAAGUAUGUUUACGAAGAUCUGGUGGGUUCACACUGUGUUCACGAAGAAGGAUGAAAAGAAAGACAAGAGAAAGCAGCACCUGGAGCCCUGGAAGCUCUACGCCACCGUCGGGGUCCUGCUGGUAAUCGACAUCCUGUCUCUUAUGAUUUGGCAGAUCGUGGACCCCUUGCAUAUCACAGUCGAGAAGUUCACCAAAGAAGCUCCCAAAGGCGAUGUGGAUGAGUUGAUCGAGCCUCUGCUGCAGCACUGCAGUUCAGAGAAGAUGAACACAUGGCUUGGUGUCGUGUAUGGCUAUAAAGGUCUGCUGCUGCUUCUGGGUAUUUUCCUGGCGUAUGAAACCAAGUCUGUGUCCACUGAAAAAAUUAACGAUCAUCGAGCUGUUGGGAUGGCCAUCUACAACGUCUCGGUGUUGUGUAUGAUAACGGCUCCUGUCACCAUGAUUCUGUCCUCGAAACAGGACGCCUCAUUCGCCUUCGCAUCUCUGGCCAUUAUCUUCUCCGUCUACAUCACUCUGGUCGUUCUCUUCGUCCCCAAGAUGCGGAGACUCAUCACUCGAGGCGAAUGGCAGUCAGACCAGCAGGAGACGAUGAAGACGGGCUCAUCUACAAACAACAACGAUGAAGAGAAAUCCCGCCAGUUGGAGAGAGAGAACAAAGAGCUGCAGAAGAUCAUCCAGGAGAAAGAGGAGCGAGUAUCAGAGCUGAGAAACCAGCUGUCAGAGCGGCAGGCCCUGCGCUCCAGGAAGCGGCCCACCUCCAAUCAGAACCACAGCUCUCCAUCUAUUCCCAGUCCACAGAACGAUCCCAAAUCUCUCCUCCCGCCUCCAGGAUACCCGCUGCCUUCCUCCGACAACCACUCCUUCUCCAACUCCUCCCCCUUAUACCAGCCUGAUGGCAAGAUCAACCGCAACAACUGCCAUCCCGGACGCCUGCAGCUCCUCUACAAGUGUCAACACUGAUCUGGACCAUCUCGCAGAUGGAAACGGAAGAGGUGGAACAUCAGUAUACUACUGAAGACUAACCAUGUUCACAAACACAUGCUUGUCCAUAGCUCUUUUAUACAAGUACAGCGAUCUCAUUGUUCAUAAUUUUUGGAGAGAAAAAGCACACAUGCUAUCAAGUGGAGUAUGCUGAAUAUUGACUGUACGCUAAAAAAUGAAGUAUACUUUGAGUUUAAGUCUAAUACCAUCACAUCGUAUUAGCAUCUUUAGAAAAUGUGAUGAUGACAUGGUGCAUUUUUUUACAUUUACAUCUGAUUUUAUAUUACAUUUAACCUUUAUAUUUGAUCAAUAUAUCUGCGUCCGAAAUCACAUACUACUACUAUAAAUAGGUACUUUGCAACUUAGUAGUAUGAGUAGAAUUUGGACAUCCUACAUCUGCCAUUAUCACAUUUCUGAAUCAAGUGCAUCGCUUUACGCUCAUUCUUAAAUUUUCUUAAAGUAUCAAUUGAAUGCACUUCAGAAUCUUGCGAUAAGUAGUUGGUCAUCUUGCUUACUGUUUUUCAAAUACUAUGAAUUCAGACAUCCCAGCAGGCACAGGACAUCAACAUUACAUUAGAUUGAUGAUGUACCCCAACGUCGUGGGGACGUUGCAUUUUGUUUGGAAAUGAAAAUCGGGUUGACGUCCUAACAUCAGGCUGACGUCAGUGUCCAACAUCCAACCUAAAAUCAACCAAAUAUUAAUGUCUAAUCAUGUUACAGCUUAAUUUUGUGUGGAUGUUACCAUGAUGACACCAGACAAUAGAUUUUGGUUGUCAAACCUGACAAAUAAAUGUCAGUAUUUGACAUCAAUAUGACGUUGGUUUAAGAUGUUGGCUCGAUGUUGGAUUUUGGUCACUUUCCAACACAACCUAAAAUCAACCAAAUAUCAAUAUCUAAUGAUGUUACAGCUUGAUGUUGUGUGGACAUUACCAAUAUGGCAUCUAUCAGACAUUGGAUUUUGGUUGCCAUACCUAAUGAAUAAAUAUAAGUAAUUGACGUCUAUAUGACGUUGGUUUAAGAUGUUGGAUCGACGUGGGAUUUUUUUCACUUUCCCACACAAGCUAAAAUCAACCAAAUAUCAACGUCUAAUGAUAUUACAGCUUGAUGUUGUGUGGACGUUACCAAUAUGACGUCUAUCAGAUGUUGGAUUUUG